AUGAGGACCCUUUGGAUCUUUGCGGGCGUCUAUAUCCUUACCUCUGCAGUCGCUUGUCAGCCGCUGCGGAACGCCAAGGGCGAGCUCGAGCUGAGCAGACGCUCCGUCCGCACGCCGUCCAGCCUCCAUGACAAGCCCCCCCGGCAAGCUUUCUCCAAAGUCAGACGUAGAUAUUCAGGCUUGACUUCCGCCACCGAAGAUGUAUCGGAGUUCAUUUCUCGAAUCACGAAUCGUGUCCGAGGUAGCAAGACCAUUGCAGAAACAAACGAAACGAAACUCCCGUUCCCUGAUGGUGAAACGUCCUUUCAGCCCAGUCCUGCUAAAACAUUAGACCUGAGCCAUGGUCGCCCUCAGCCCAUUCGACGCCCCGUUGCUUUUGGCGGCAACGAGGCCGGCUACUUCGCAGAUCUGGAUCGAGAUCACUUAGACCUCAAGCGAUACGAGCGACUUCCGCUUGUGUCCAGCCUUGUCGAUCAGUCUGCUUCGAGGCAGGUAGAUCAUGCUGCAGACGUCAUGAUGCAGGCCGGAGCCAAAAAGCAAACCCACCUGUGGAACGAUCCGAAACAACGUCCAAAAGUGAUGAUCGGCGUGGCUGCUAGCGCUACAAUUGCCCUGCUCUUGGCUCAGAACAUUCGACAGAACCAGGAAACAACCCAAAAUCUCAAUGCGGCUUUGGCAAGCUCGCAGGCACAGCAGCAACAAGCGGCACAGCAGGCAGUGUCCGACAAUGUGGCUCGCGCAGCAUCUGGGUCCCCUCGAAGCGCUCGUCUCCGACGUCGACGCUUGGACUUUUCCUCGGACGAUCACGCGAGCGGCCCUGAACACGCGUCGCAACCGGUCCAGCAUGUCCAUCUACAGAAGCGCUUCGAUCCUAUUCGGAGUGCACGAGAGUAUUGGCAAAGGAUGUCGCUAGUCCAAGGCUAUCGAAACUCCAUGGCAGCGCUCCGAAAUCUCCCUGAAGACACCAAAGGUCUCAUCGCCAAGUACGCUAUCGGCGCCGCAGCCAUGCUCACCACCGGCUUCGCUCUGCUCUACUGUUACUACAAGGGUCGUCUGCAAACUCAGCCUGCAAGCGCUCCCGAAGGUUCGCCAGAUUUUUUCGACUCCAUGCCUCCAGACUACCUUCCACCUCCCACUCAUCCUCGCAACCAGACCAACCAUAACAGUCUACAGAAGCGGAUAGCUGAUCCUCAGAAAGAGCACUUCGUUGCUUCAUCGCCUCCAUCGGGCAGAGAUGCGGUCAAAGACAGGCAGAGGGUGCAGAUCAACAAGCGAUUGGUCUCGCCGGCGGCACAGACCAUCGCAAUGGAGAAUGAGAUGUCUCUUGGAUCGCCGCACAGAACCCUCGAGAAUGUGCAUCCGGACGUUCGACAAACGAUGGAUCUGUCCGAAAAAGUGCUCAGAGAAAAAGGUCCGUUAGCCUUGUUGACGCUGAGCGUUGCCCUCACCGCCUUGCUCACGAUUGAACUCAAGCGCCUCGUUCAUAUCUAUCAAGAGGAGACAAAGGAAUCAUCAAUGCAGCCCUCUAAUAAGCUCAGACAUCUCGGCCAACUGCAAGCCCAGGACACGACCCAAGCCUUGGCCGGAGCUCAUGACCAGGUGAAUGUCGCCUCAAUGCGGCGCCUCGUCAAGCGCAUGGCUCCGAUCGAAGAGGCCAAUGAGGAGGGCACUAUGACCGGCACCACGCCAGCUUUGGUCUCCCUUGAUAGCUCAGCUCAGCAAUCGCAUCCCGUCGCUCCACGAGCUCUCGACAGGGCAGACGAGGCCAUGCUGAAAUGGGGACCAAUCGCAAUCUCUGCAAUCGUGUUGGCCGGUCUUGCCUUUAUCGGCUUCGAGUCUUACAAAAUCCACCAGUAUCAGCACGAACGGGCCAGCAAGAACGAUAGAAGCUCGGCAAACAAGGUGCCGUCGACGCCUGAGGAGCUGGUUAAGCGAUCUGCUCUCAACGAACUGCAAGAAAUGUUCGCAGAAUCAACGUCCUCGCAUGCACAAGAAAGCUCUCCGUAUCGACACCUCUCUAAGCGCAUGGCACCUGCGCAGCUCGCUGCUGAGACCGCUGAUACGCCAUCUGCCAGUGUAGAUGCUCCAUCUGCUGAAGACCAGCUCCAUCCUCGCACUCGACUGCUUGUCGCGCUGUCCAGAGAGAGUCUCAAAAAGACUCCCAUUGCGGCGGUAACUUUGGUAGCCACUGCAUUCGCAGUAACUGCAGCCGCUGCUGUUCAGUACAUCCGCCACCACCAUCACAACUGGAAGAGCGGCGAAGAGCCCAACCUCCAUUCCGAAACAUCGAUGACCCACAAUGAGCUUGUCAAAAGAUUUCGAUCGGAGCUUCAGAGGUUGCAAGACCCGUCGAGCCCAAGAGGUCAGGUGGAAUCCUCAGGAGAGCACCUGUCCAAGCGCAUGUUCCAGAUGAAUCAGCUGCCGCCGAUGGGUCAUCGUGCGAAUCUCGAACAGCAGAUGGCCUCCGCCACGGUGGUACCUAUCGAGGGCGAAGAGCCAGCUGCGGUUGUACACGCGACGAGACACAUCAGUCCUGAGACCAUGGCCAUCUUUGGUAUCGUCGGUGUGGUUGCGACCAGUGCCGGGAUCGGGGGACUGUACACGCUGUUCCACCACGAUUUCGACAAAGCAGAAGACACGCAGCAUGCUAUGACAUCUUCAGCUGGUCGCAAGCCCAUCAGACGUGAGGCAGAUAAUCAUUCUCUACCUCAAACGCAGCAGCAUCGUCGAGUCGACUUGCAUCGGCGCGGCCUGUUCCUGCCUGGAACGGAAGACAUCAUCGAGGAUGCCAAGUUUAUGUUACGGGGUGCCCGACGAGAAAGGGUCGGGCCUGAGGUGCGACGUCUCGGCGGCGGCAAUGAUGUGCAGCAGAGGCAGCCGUGGAUGCUGGUUCUCACUCUCAUGGGGCUGGCAACGGUUGUUGUCCCUCUCGCUGCUGCCGGGUGGUCGUGGGAAAGGAGCAGAGCGCGACGACAGGUCGAGUCGCUCGAACAAAGCGAAGGCGACGCGGACAAGCAGCCAGCUGACACUGUGGAGAAGAAGCAGGUGAGGACAUCCCACUUGAGGAGAUCCCACUUGGGCAAGCGCAACGUUCCCUUGUCGGGUGUCACUGACGCCAUCAUCGAGGAGAUGAGAUUGCUACCUCGGAUUCGUGGUCGACGGCCCAAUCGUCCUUCACCUUCCAUUAGGCGCGAAACUCUUCGUCAUCGACAGGGAGAGCUCCUCGCCCUCGGCAUUGCUGUGACUGCAGCAGGGGCAUCCGGUUUGACCUGGUUGCUGCCGCAUAAAAGUCACGAAGAGGUCGUCAAGCAAUGGGAAGAGGAGAUGCAGCGUCGCGUGCGCGCCGAUCAAAUCACACACCACAAAGGGCUCUACAAACGUGCUUUGACGUUCGCGGACGUCAAACUAGCCUCGGAAGAAGCCACACUGGCCGUUCGAAUGACAAUUCAGAGGUGGCGUCGCGCCAUCCUUCGCCGUCGAUUCGGUCGUCGACCGGCGCUCCCGGUCCAGUACCUUGGCGCCGACCGACGAGAGCAACCCGGACGCAUAGCAUGGAAGACGCUUGCAGGCGAGGUUGGACCGGCCAUCAUUGGAGCAGCUCUCGGAGGGACCGCCGCAUGGUAUCUUCACCCCAAGAUACUCGCAGCCGAGGAGAGGAUCGCACGCAAGCGUCGUGAAAAGGCACAAGCUGCUGCCUUGACCGAAGAGCUACGGAUCCAGAGGGAGAUGGAACAGCAAGGUCCGAUCUCCAGUCUUCCAGUCCAAAAUCCUGCCGGAUCACCUUUGUCGAGGCGUUCCAUUACCCAAAUGACAGAAAGGGUCAAGCUCGCCAUGGACGACAUCCAGAGUUAUGCCUCUUCAAGACCACUAAGCCCUAUGGAAACCGAAGCUCGAGCGAAAAGGACGCGCCAGUACGCUGUGGCUGGAGUGUCGAUGGCUGCGAUGGAAGCCAUCAAGACAUAUCUGCUGUACGCGCUCAUCAAGUCGCGUGUCGAGAAAAAGGAGCGAAAGCGUAUACAGGACGAGUGGCGACAGCAGCAAACGCAGGCACAGCAAGAGCCGCAACCGCAGCAGAUGCAAUCGUCCCGAAAUGGUCCCUUCGUCAAGCGAGACCGAAACCCUUCCGCACCACGCCUCACAACGGAGAGACGUGCGCUUCGCAAGCGAACUGACGUUGUACCAGUGGCAGAAGAUCAGAUGGCAGCGACUCGAGAAGCGGACAUUGAUCCACGAUUCCUGCAGAGAAUCCGAGAGGGCAAAUUGCUGGCCAAGGACCUUGUCAUUCUCGGAGCGGCGAUAGCGGCCACGAUCGGUCUGACCUGCGGUGUCGCAUACCUGGUGGACAAGAAAGAUUUGCAGCUUGACACAGCACAGCCGCACCCCAACUUCAACAUGCACGCGAUUCGAGGCCCCGAGACCGCGAGAUACUCCUCACAUGUGGUCAAACGCGCUAAUGUUUUGCCAGUGGCGGAAGUCGAGAUGGCGGCAACUCAAGAAGCGGACAUCGAUCCCCGGUUCCUCGAGAGGAUCCGGAGAGGAACAUUGUUGGCUCAAGACAUCGCCGUUUUUGGAGCGGUGGCCGCGGUUUCAUUUGGGUUCUCAUUCGGCCUUGCGAAUCUUCUCAACAGAAAAGAUCGGAAGCAGGAUGUCGAACAGCCACACACAGAGCAUUCCUCGCAGAGCAAAGGCAAGCUAGAUAAACGAGCCGACGUCCAGCCAGUGGAGGGGAUCGAGAUGGCGGGGGCUCGAGAAGCGGAUACCGAUCCUCGAGUUGAGCAGAGACUGCUAGUCACGAGGAACGUCGUGGCACUCGCAACCUUGUUCGCGACUCUGUUCGCGGUCGCAGUUGGUAUCACCUACUGGACCAUGAAUCACGGCAAGCCAGAUAAAGUUCCUCCACCUGACACUGGAAGAGGACACGGACUGCCUGGACCGUUGCGACGCAAACGAGCGCUCGCCGACGACACCGAUCAGAGGGCUGAGCUUGCAACUUUGCUCGAGAAACGUGCUCAAGUCAGUCCAUUGACCGAAUAUACGAUGCGAAAUUCGCAAGAGACACGCGUGGAGCCUCGAUUUUUGGAGACGAUGCCCAGACUUCGAGGAAUCGACUAUGGCGAUGCACUGUUGAUGAUGUGGGGAGCAGUGGCCGUUAUGGCCGGGCCCAUCACCUUACUGGUGAAGGAGCAUCAGGAACGGAAGGCGGAGAAGGAACGGGAGGAAAGAAGGGCUCGAGCUCAUUUACCGCCCGCGGAAGCACCCAUGAGUCAACGCAACCCAGCAACGCAGGCGGCGAUGGACCAAAACCGACACACGAAACGUGCUGAUGUGGUUCCGGCACUGGAGGCAGCAGAAAUUGACGCUGGAGCGAAAGGACGCCUCCGCUCAGGCCACAAAGAUCUUGCCAAGGGCGCUGCGAUCCUUCUCUCGAUCUUUGGCAUCGGCGGGAUCGUGUCGAUCGCGCUCGCACUGAAAGAGCGAGAUCAGAAUUCCAGGGCAAAGCAUGGUGACCGUUCACUUCACAAGCGAGCGGGUGUGGUGCCGGGGGAGGAGGGAAUGGAGGCGGUGGCCAUAGAAGCGGAUCACGAUCCUCGUGCUCAAGAGGCUAGGCGGAGGGCAUGGCAGACCACGAAGACGAUUGGCGUGGUUACGGCGGCGAUGGCGAUAAUUCUCGGAAGCGUGGGUGGGGCAGCGUACGAGAUCAGCAAGCACCUGCCUCAAAAGAAUGCCACCGAGGCGUAUGCUCCGCUGCCUCACAUCAACAGCCAGCAGAUGCGUAGAAGUGCCGAGGUUGCUUCCGUGAUGUUGAUUGGCGAGAGCAGGACGCCGCAUGAUCCUGAGGUCGAAAGGAAUUCUCUCACGACACCGAUAGCAGCUCCGGACGUUGUCGCGAUUAACGCAGAAGCCUCGACUACUGGUAUCGAGCGUGACCAUCGGCUGCACAAGCGGGCUGAUCCUGAGCCCGCGGCAGAAGUCGAAAUGGCAGCUGGCGACCGUGUCAGGGUGGAUGAUCUACAGGCUGACCCCGAGGCUGCAAGGCAGGCCACCUGGCGGUUUGGAGCUCGCAUUGCUGCAUACGCUGCAACAACGCUGGCGGUGAUCAGCACCGGCGCUGGAUACGUAUACUACACUUUGAAAAAAGGUAUGAAGGGUGCCCAUACGGACCAACCGAAUGGUCGGGUCUUCAACGGUGACGAAGACUUGCUGCCCCCUCCGAAGCAUCUGAGCGACACUCGCAGGAUCGAACGUCGAGAUCUUUCGAAGAUUGCAUCGAUUGGGGCCAAAAUGGCUGGUAGCGAUGCGCACUCACAGCAAAACCACAAGAACAUUGUCGAACGCGCCAACGCGGAGCCGAAUGUCCCGAUGGGUGCGCUGGUGAUGCGCGUAUUCCGUCAGUUCGCCAUCGACUCGAAACGAGCUGGAUACUCUCCCUCUGCCUCGUCAUCGUCCUCUUCCUCUUCUGCUCAACGUCCUCAGCCUGCAAUUCCGGCCAAGGACGACUCAGAGACCCGUGGAGCCGCUGAAGAUCCAGGCUUGCGCCAACUGGAAGCCGCUGUCGCUCGAGACCUCCUCAUCGAUCGAGAGCACGGUCGUCGUCAGCGCAGCACGCAGCAGCGAACGCUCGCGAAACGCGAGACGUAUCUUCCCAAUCAAUCGCGUAUGCCCGCAGCCAUCAUCGGCAUCGUCGCUCUGGUGGUACUGUACAAGGUCAAGAACCGGGUCGAUGAUCGUCAGCACGACGCUAGCUCGUCGUAUCUUGCCGCGACCUCGUUUGGAGAACGACGUCCUCUGCAGCAGGAUGCGAACGGGGGCAUGUCUGAGCAGUAA